AGAGCAUAUUUCUUGCAGGACGGGCUGCGAACUCUCUUCCCUCUCCCAUGAAAACCUAGUACUCCGAUCUCCAACGCGCUCGCAGAGGAACACUAGGAAUCGAUACGAGAUCGAGAGAACGCAAUGAGUCGCGGAACUGGAGCCGGCUACGAUCGCCACAUUACUAUCUUCUCCCCGGAAGGCCGUCUCUACCAAGUCGAAUAUGCGUUUAAGGCCGUCAAGGCGUCCGGGAUCACGUCAAUUGGAGUACGUGGAAAGGAUUCGGUGUGCGUUGUCACCCAGAAGAAGGUUCCUGACAAGCUCUUGGACCAGACUAGUGUCACACAUCUCUUUCCCAUUACAAAGUGCCUUGGACUCUUAGCCACGGGGAUGACAGCUGAUGCAAGAUCCUUGGUCCAACAAGCGAGGAAUGAAGCAGCAGAAUUUCGUUUCAAAUGGGGAUAUGAGAUGCCUGUAGAUGUAUUGUCCAAAUGGGUAGCAGAUAAAUCGCAGAUAUAUACCCAGCAUGCCUAUAUGAGGCCUCUUGGAAUAGUUGCAAUGAUCUUGGGUAUUGAUGAGGAGAAGGGAGCCCAACUCUUCAAAUGCGAUCCAGCUGGCCAUUUCUUUGGGCACAAGGCAACAAGUGCUGGCCUGAAAGAACAAGAAGCGAUCAACUUCUUGGAAAAGAAAAUGAAGAAUGAUCCUGUAUUCUCAUACGAGGAAACAGUGCAGACUGCAAUAUCUGCUUUGCAGUCAGUUCUGCAAGAGGAUUUCAAAGCUACAGAGAUAGAGGUGGGAGUUGUGAGGACAGAAGAUCCAACAUUUAGAGUGUUAUCGACAGAGGAGAUCGAGGAACAUCUAACAGCAAUCAGCGAACGCGAUUGAUAGAAACUCAGUUUCAGAUUCCUUGUUUUAAACUUUUGGCACAGCGUUCAUAAUGAAUUAGUUGCAACUAUCAGACAAGUUUAAAAUCCUUUGUUCCAGGAUCAUAACAUUUCUGAGGUUUUGACAACUUUACAUCGCUUUUGUAAGAACGUUUUGAUUGAAAAUUUAGAUCUUUUUCUUGAA